AUGGAUGAUUUGUGGAAUGACGCGUGGGAUUCUCUUAUUAAAGAGGUGCAGAGGGAAGACGAUGAGGAGGAUGCGGCGAAGGCAGCGGAAUUGGCGGGGGCGGCGCUCCCUCGUGUGAUUCAUCAUCGUCGGACAAUCCCACGAGACCAUACCGGAGAGCACCAGCGGCUGAUGGCAGACUUCUUUGGCGAUAACCCCCGUUACCCAUCAGAGAUUUUCCGUCGGCGUUUCAGAAUGUCGCAGCAGCUCUUCACCCAUAUAGCGACGACAUUGGCGGCGCGGUACAGGUGCUUCACUCUCCGGAGUGAUUGCACUGGCCGAAUCGGGCUGUCUACUUUUCAUAAAUGCACCGCUGCAAUUAGGCAGCUUGCCUAUGCCGGACCGACUGAUAUGUUCGACAAAUACCUCCAGAUGGGUGAGACGACUAGCCUAGAGGUGCUCCGACCGUUUUGUAAGGGCAUCCGGGAAAUCUUUGGUCCGGAGUUCCUACGAAAGCCAACCUCUAAUGAGUACCAGAUACUGCUAGAUAUGCACGGUUCGGUGCACGGUUUCCCAGAGAUGAUAGGAAGCAUCGAUUGCAUGCAUUGGGAGUGGAAAAACUGUCUGGUGGCGUGGAAAGAACAAUCUGCAAGGAAGGACCGGUUGAAGAUCCAAUUCGGUCAUAAGUCGUCGUAG